AUGGUGGGAACCACAAAGGCCGAUGCUGCAAAGCAACAAGCUGCAAAGGACUCGACGAAACAGCACCGUCGCUCACGGACAGGCUGCUUCACAUGUCGCCUGCGAAGGAAGAAGUGCGACGAGGGCAAGCCGACCUGCCGCGCCUGCAAACACCUGGGCCUCAAGUGCGAAUACAAGAGGCCAAUGUGGUGGAGCAACAACGAGCAGAGGCGCAAUCAGAAGGAGAUAAUAAAGAACAUCAUCAAGCGCACCAAGCUCAACGAAAAGUCCGCACAGGGUGUCACCCUCACCACCUCAAACACCCCGCCUAGCCUCUGCCACUCUCUCCCCACGUCCGACACCUUCUCAGACGGAAUGGGCUGCACACGCGCACCGUCCGUCGAUUCCCAACUUUCAUUAGAUUACAACUUCAACCAUGUCUCGAACCCCGACAUGUACAGCACCAUUGCCAUGCCCCCGCCAAUCUUCGCACCCUCCUUUCCCCACCCUGCUCACUUCCCGCCUUACGACAUUGACAUCAAGACCGAGACCCAGAUGUUCGUCAAUGACGUUGCCAUGCGACGAGAUUCCACAAUCUCCACCUUCAGCACCUAUCACACCCCGCCAGUUGUUGGCCACCAAUUCGGUGCCGAGAACUGGAUCCAGCAAGACUACUUCGAGAGCCGGCGCGAGUCUUUCGCAGAGGAGCCAUUGGAUUUCCAGGUCUUCGACUUUCCCCACGGUUCCUUCAGUCCUUCACACCAGACAACGAUCCAAGUGGAUGAGUGCGAUCAGCAUCUACUCAACCACUUCAUUGACAAUGUGCUGCGCUUGAUCUUCCCCAUUCUUGACGUAAACCAGCAUGGUUCCGCUCGCUCCGACGUCAUUCUACCAGCUCUUGAGUCCAACAAGACCUACCUCCAUUGCUGUUUGAGCAUUUCCGCACUGCACCUCAAGGCCACGGAAAGGUUGCAAGGCGAGCAGAUUGACAAUGACAUCAUGCGCCACCGCUAUGCGACCAUUUCUGAACUUUGCGAGGCCCUCAACCGCGAUGAGGACCAUGCGCAGAUUCUGGAAGCCACCCUGGGCAUGAUCUUCUUCCAGUGCUCCGUGGGCCGACCUGACGAUGGGCUCCCAGAUAUCCCCUGGCACCACCACUUCCAGGCUGCGACGAGCUUGAUCCAGAAGCUCAACCUUCCUCAGCAAUUGGUCGCAAUGAACGGUCUUCCGAACGCACAACCGCCCUUCAAUAUGACACUGGCAGCCUGGAUCGACAUUCUCGGAGCCACGAUGCGCGGACGAGCGCCGCAGUUCUCCGACACGUACCGCGAGAAGUUGAUCGGGGAUUCGCCGUCCGGCCUCGCCGAGCUCAUGGGAUGUGACGACAGGAUCAUGUACCUGAUCUCCGAAAUCGCAUGCCUCGAGGCACUCAAGCUCGACAAGACGUUGGACGAGGUCCAGCUGUGCGCCCACAUCAAACUUCUCGGUGAUCAGAUCAGCAUCACGGAACCACCGCCAGGCACAGUUGCGAAUGCCUACUCUGCGACCGGUGCCAUCCGGCCCAAGCAGCUCAACCGCAACAUGACGGCCGUCUUCCGCCUGGCUGCGCGCAUCUACCUGUGCAGUCUGGUGCCGGACUUCCACCGCACCCAAGGCAGCAUCGCCAACCUCGUCAAGGCAUUCAGCGACGCAAUGGACUUCAUCCCCGCGGGUCCCGAGGGUUUCGACCGCUCCCUUGUCUGGCCCCUUCUCAUCGCCGGAUCCGUCUCCCUUCCCAACUCGUCCUUCCGCACCAUGUUCGCGGAUCGAUCAGCCCGGCUCGGCGAAGCCUCCAACUUCGGCUCCUUUGGAAGGAUCAAGGAGCUUCUCAAGGAUGUCUGGAGCUUCAACGACGCCGCUCUCGCAAACGGCGACAAACAGAGUGUCCACUGGCGGGACAUGAUGCAACAGAAGGGCUGGGAUUUCCUCUUGAUUUAA